CCCUACGUCCCGGAAGUGGGAGGUGUCAGCCUGAGUUUGUGUGGCCGCGGCCGCGGGAAUUAGAGCUCUGUAGUUUUUCAAGGGAGAAAAGCUACUCUGCAGGGCUUGGGUGCCAGGGGAGGGAGCGAUCCCCCGUAGCCGCGUCUCUGGGCCUGAUAGGUGGCAUGGCGGACGAGCAGCGCGACACCGCGCAGCCGAAGACGCCGCGGGCGGACAACGACGAGCCGCGGAGUGUGGAGAAAAAACAGCGAUAUAGACUUGAUGGCAAGGAAACAGAUGGAUCUAAAUUCAUAACCUCCAACGGAAGUGACUUCAGUGACCCAGUUUACAAAGAAAUUGCUAUUACAAAUGGUUGUAUUAAUAGAAUGAGUAAGGAAGAACUCAGAGCUAAGCUUUCAGAAUUCAAGCUUGAAACUAGAGGAGUCAAGGAUGUCCUAAAGAAGAGACUGAAAAACUAUUACAAGAAGCAGAAGUUGAUGUUGAAAGAAAGUAAUUCUACAGACAGUUACUAUGACUAUAUUUGUAUUAUUGACUUUGAAGCUACUUGUGAAGAGGGUAAUCCAACUGAGUUCAUACAUGAAAUAAUUGAGUUUCCUGUUGUUUUAUUGAAUACACAUACCCUAGAAAUAGAAGACACCUUUCAGCAGUAUGUAAGGCCAGAGAUGAACACACAGCUUUCUGAUUUCUGCAUCAAUCUUACUGGGAUCACUCAGGAUCAAGUAGACAGAGCCGAUGCUUUCCCUCAGGUACUGAAGAAAGUAAUUGAUUGGAUGAAGAUGAAGGAAUUAGGAACUAAGUAUAAAUAUUGCAUAUUAACAGAUGGUUCAUGGGAUAUGAGUAAGUUCUUGAACAUUCAGUGUCAACUCAGCAGACUCAAGUAUCCUGCCUUUGCUAAAAAGUGGAUCAAUAUUCGAAAGUCAUAUGGAAACUUUUACAAGGUUCCUAGAAGCCAAACCAAACUGACAAUAAUGCUUGAAAAACUAGGAAUGGAUUACGAUGGGCGGCCUCACAGUGGUCUUGAUGACUCUAAGAAUAUUGCUCGGAUAGCAGUUCGAAUGCUUCAGGAUGGCUGUGAACUUCGAGUCAAUGAGAAAAUACUUGGAGGAGAGCUGAUGAGUGUGUCCUCUUCCUUACCAACAGAGGGUGCCCCAGCUCCACAAAUGCCACACUGUAGAAAGUAACUGCAUUUUUGUCUGGGUCAGUUACUGUGAAAAGGUAGCAGAUAACUAUGUAUGAACUGGUCCUGCAGUGCAACCUUUAAGCACCUUAAACAUUUGAAAUCUUACAGUUAUAGAUAGAUGGAUGUGUAUGUAAAACACAUUUGCAAACAAAUUUGGGGGGAGGACAUACUGAAUUCUUUGUCACCAGCACUUUGGAUAUGAGCAGUAUUUGUUACACAGUAACACUUCCUGCUUAGAAUUGAAUUUUUCUAAUUUAAGGUGUCUAAGAUGUGUUCCUUUGGGUUUUAAAAUGCAGAAUUUUAUUGGUCCAGUUCUCAAAUGUCAUCUUACUGAUGUUGAAAUACAGAAUGAAUUUCUGCAUUAACAGCAUUGCAUUAAAUUAGUUUUUCGAAGUGAAAGGAUCAAAGGGUAGUCUUUAUCUUGCCACUAAGUUUUAUGAGUAUUAUAGCCCUUUUAAUUUUUAAAGUUUGAAAUUUGUAGAUGAAGCUCACCUACAGCCCUCCCUCAGUAUUAUCGGGGGAUUAGUUCCAGGAUGCCAUAUGGACACCAGAAUUGACAGACGCUCGUUUUGUACUUCAGAUGACAUACAUUUAUGUAUAUAACCUAAACAUACCCUUCCAUAUACUUUAAAUGAUCUCUAUAUUUCUUAUACCUAAUAAAAUGUAAAUACGU